AAUUCCCGAAACGCUGUUCAGUCUGUCGGGAGUUGUGCAGCCGGAAGCUUGGAACCGAGAUCGUUGGUCCCCGAAAAUUCGAAGAGGACUUGGAAUAGUGUACCACCAAGUGCUUCCAACUGUCCAAAGCCUUUUACCCACUGAAAAGCGCGACUUUCGAAACCAGCGGCUGGAUCGGAGGUUUCGAGAACCCAAAGAUAGAACACAUAGAAGCGGAAACCGUAAAAGACCGCAAGAUGGCCCAGGAGACGAAGACGGUGGCGGCAGCCAAGGAGCAGAAUCAGCGAGACCAUAUCGAUGAGGAGGAAGUCAGCGAACUGACCAAGUCGCGCAACUUCUACGAUCGAGUCCGCGAGCAGGCGGAGCGCUUUGCCAGCACGCGAAUUGGCCAGUUCGUGAUCGAAAGGGCGGAUCGGGCCCUGGCGAUGAUCGAGGACACCGCCAAGUGGAGUCUCCCCCUAGAGAAAUCCGCUGCUCCCCUGGAACGCCCCUUGCCCUGGGCUCCCUUUCUCAUGCUCAUCAUCCUGCUGCGAAUCACUCGCAUUUGGCUUUCGGUGGGUGCCCUGAUGAUCGGCAACGGUCCCAUUUCCCCCUCGGACAUGGUCUACUUCAUCCAGACCCGACGCCGCAAGCUGCGGGCCAUCCGGGUUCACGGCCUGCGGGUGAUGAGGCACCGCCAGCAGGAGGUGUCCUACGGCAGCGGCAAGGGUCUGAGCCAGAAGCUCACCCAGUGGUUCUCCCGGGCCAUGUGCCGUCCAGGCGUGCAGCAGGAGAGCAGCAGUCGGCGGGUGUUUGUGCGCCACUCGGAGCAAGGCCUUAGCAACUCCGUGGUGGUGAAGCGUCCAAGGGAGGAGGACUGCAACGCUGAUGCCGAUCACAACCUAACCAUCGAUCAGAUGCUGGCCAAGUACGCCAAUGAGAACUCCGAGGAUGACUCCGACUUUGUGCCCAAUGAGGAGGAGGAGGAUGCGAGCAGCAGCAGCAGCAGCAGCGGGGACAGCGACUCCGAGUCCGGCUCCAGCGAGGAGAUAAGCGGCGGCGAGGUGGAGGAGCUUACCGACCAGGCCAAGAAGAAACCAGUGGAGAACGGAGUUCACAAGACCGAGGAGAAGGAAAACGAUGCGGGAAAGGGGAGUGUAACGACAACCAGCAAUGGCAACAACGACAAGGAGCAGGCGGAAGUUGCUGCUGCCCAGCCGGACGAGGAGUGGAAGUCGUCGCCGGGACACAUGAGUGCUGCCAAGAUGGACACCCGGCUCUACAACAACACCGCCGCUGCAGCCGAUAGCGAAGCUGUAUCCGAAACCCCAUCCGAACCUCCAUCCCAAUCCCAAACCGCAAUCGAUGAGUCAGACGAAGAUGAGCAGGAUAGCUGCAGCACCAGUGGCAGUAGUCGCACCGGGAGCACUGUCUGCCAGGGGGAUAGCCAGGAAACCGAGACCCAGCCUGAUUCCCAAGCCGAACAGAUCCCCGAGGUUGCCGCCACACUAACCGACAGCCAACUAUCCAACUACCCCGUUGUCAACACCCUUACUCCCGCCACCUCCUCCGAAGAUAUAUUCUAUAGCCCUAUCGGUUCGCCCACCUGCUUCAAUACUAGCCUAGGAACCCAGGCUCUCCUCAAGCGGGCCAGCAUCCAAUCCGUCCUGGCCCACUCCACGCCCACUGCGGAGAAGACAGAUCAGCCACCUAAAGAGGCCCAGAACUCAACUCCCCCAGCACCUGCAGCCGAGGAACCCCAAGCCCCGAAAGAAAUCCAUCAGCAGAACCAGCAGCAGAACCAACAGCAGCGCCAGCGCAAUCACUCCCACCAACGCUACCGCGGUCGCAAUCGGCGCUAGUCCUUGGAUCCUCCAUCCCAGUCAUAUCGCUCGAUUUCCCCCAUAGCCAGCUAGAUUUUUUCUAUUUUUUACAUUCCCAUAUUGUUAGUGAAUACUGCGAGUAAAUCUCUGAACUUAA